CCAAUAAGCUUCAAAUCCUGAUCGACUCCACCCUAUUGGAGUGUUUUUUGUCGGCAUAAUACAGAAAAAAAAAAAACACUCCAAUUUUGAGCAUGCACAUCUAGACACCUCAACUCGUCUCCACUUUGAUAGUUGAUCAUCUAGACACCUCCAAAUUUAUGUGUCACAUCAGCAUCAAGUAUCCACAAGACACUGUGAGGAUGAGUUGGAGUGUUCAGUUGUUAGUCGAGACAAAGUUGAGGCGUCUAGAUGUUCAUUGUCAAAGUUAGAGUGCUUACUUACCAUCCGAGGCUAAAUUUGAGUGUUUGCUUAUGUCUUAUUCCCUUCUUUGUAACAUCCUAUUCAUUAGUGAAAGUUACAUGUAUAGCAAUAAAGGGAUAAGACUAAUCCUAGUUCACUGCUGUCCAAGAAAGACACAUUAGCAUGGUGGUGUUAAGAUAGGUGACACAUUGUUGGUAACAUUUUGAGGUUCUUGAGGAAAAAAAAAAGAUGUCAGGUGGUGGUUGUAGUAUAGUAUGGUUUAGGAGGGAUCUGAGGCUGGAAGAUAAUCCAGCACUGGCUGCUGGAGUGAGAGCAGGAUCAGUGAUUGCUGUGUUUAUAUGGGCACCAGAAGAAGAAGGAUACUAUUGUCCUGGAAGAGUGUCAAGAUGGUGGAUUAAGAAAAGUUUGGCUCAUCUUGAUUCAUCUUUGAAGAAACUUGGCACUUCACUCAUUACAAAGAGAUCUAAUGAUAGUGUUUCUUCUCUUCUUCAACUUGUGAAAUCUACCGGUGCAACUCGGGUUUUUUUCAAUCAUUUAUAUGAUCCGAUAUCACUUGUAAGGGAUAAUCGCGCAAAGGAAACCUUAUCAGCUGAAGGUGUAUCUGUGUGUUCUUUCAAUGCUGAUUUGCUAUAUGAACCAUGGGAAGUUAUCGAUGAUGAAGGCCGUCCAUUCAGCACAUUUUCUGAUUUUUGGGAAAAAUGUCUUACCAUGCCUUAUGAUCCUGAAGCUCCACUUCUUCCACCUAAAAGGAUAAUAUCUGGUGAUGCAUCAAGAUGCCCUUCAGAUAACUUUGUGUUUGAGAGUGAAUUAGAGAAAGGAAGCAAUGCACUUCUUGCUCGAGCAUGGUCUCCUGGUUGGAGCAAUGCUGAUAAGGCACUCACUACUUUCAUUAAUGGACCAUUGAUUGAGUAUUCCAAGAAUCGUAGUAAAGCUGAUAGUGCAACAACCUCAUUUCUGUCACCGCGUUUACAUUUUGGUGAAGUCAGUGUUCGUAAGGUAUUCCACCGUAUUCGUACUAAACAAACUCUCUGGGCUAAUGAAGGAAACAAAGCAGGUGAAGAGAGCGUCAACUUGUUCCUCAAGUCCAUUGGCCUUAGGGAGUUCUCGAGAUACAUGAGCUUUUAUCAUCCUUACAGUCAUGAAAGGCCAUUGCUUGGUCAGCUAAAGUACUUUCCUUGGUUAGUAGACGAGGGUUAUUUUAAGGCGUGGAGGCAAGGUAGAACAGGUUAUCCUUUGGUUGAUGCAGGUAUGAGAGAGCUUUGGGCCACUGGCUGGCUACAUGAUCGUAUUCGAGUUGUUGUGUCUAGUUUCUCUGUUAAGGUUCUGCAGCUUCCUUGGACAUGGGGAAUGAAGUAUUUCUGGGACACACUGUUAGAUGCAGAUCUCGAGAGUGAUGCUCUUGGUUGGCAAUUUAUUACCGGUACCCUACCUGAUGGUUGUGAGUUCCUUGGAAUUGAUAAUCCACAGUUUGAGGGAUACAAGUUUGAUCCAAAUGGGGAAUACGUUCGACGAUGGCUUCCUGAACUUGUUAGGCUGCCCACUGAAUGGAUACACCACCCAUGGGAUGCACCAGAAUCUGUACUUCAAGCUGCUGGCAUUGAGCUUGGUUCCAAUUAUCCUUUUCCCAUCGUUGAAAUCGUUGCAGCAAAAGAGCGACUAGAAGAAGCGUUGUCGCAAAUGUGGCAGCUUGAAGCAGCUGCAAGAUCUGCUAUUGAGAAUGGAAUGGAGGAGGGACAUGGAGACUCCACUGAUGAGUUUGUCCCAAUAGCUUUUCCUCAGGCUAUGCACAUGGAAAUGGAAGCUAAUAAUGUACCGGUCAGGAACAAUAAUCCUACAAUUACUGCUAUACGACGUUAUGAAGAUCAGAUUGUUCCUAGCAUGUCAUCUUCCUUUUUUAGGAAUGAAGAUGAAGAAACCUCUGUUGAUAUUAGAAAUUCAGUUGUAGAUAGUAGAGCAGAAGUUCCAAUAAUAUCGAUGUAAUGCAAGAACUAUGGAAUACGUACACUUGACCAAGGCAUUGUGGUAAAUAGCAGCAACUCCGAAGAUCAACAUGAGUAUCACAUUUAUAUACAGAUACGAUGCCUCUACCUCUCUGUACCAGACAUUAGGUUGAGACGAUACGUAGUAGUUAUCACUUUAGUUCCAGAGGAUGUCGAAGCUUCAUGGAGCUUUCUUAACCUGUGUGUGA